AUGUCACCAAAUUCGACCCAAGACAGUCUACAACACCUUCUCCCUAGUCAUGAACACAAGAACACGAAGGACAGCACAGUUGAAACACGCCCACUGCCUCCAAAACUCCUGCAUAUCAAACGCUCUCUCGUACUCCUUCUAGCCCCAUUGAUUGUGGUGGGAUAUUAUUGUUUCAUCUGGCAUUUGUUUAUUUGCAGAGAUCGGGAUGAUGCUGUCAACUACGGCACUUCCGGUGGACGGUGGAUCUUCUACUCCUGGUUCAUCGUCGGUGUUUUUGCUCUUGAAUGGUCUAGAUAUGGCCUUCUCGGAGCCGAGUGUGCCGCCCUUCAAUCCAGAUGGCUCCGUUCUCAUGAUAUGGUUGGGCUGCUAAACCAUAGUGGGAGCACGUGGAGUAACCCGGGAGGGUGGGGGCUUUCCUUCACACGCUUUGUCAAUAGUGAAGAUGGAAGAAAAGGCUAUACCGGAUGGUAUGGAGUCUUCAAGUCACUCAAGUGGGGUAUCUUCAACCCAUUGAACUGGCUUGAGGGCAUGAAAAGAGUUUGCAGUUCUCUGAAGCACCAUAAGCUAUGGUACAUGCUCACCCUCCUCAGUCUUUCGUUCUAUAUUGGUCUUCCACUCUCAGGAAUAACCAUGGAACUCUCCGACGGUUAUGUGAAGACGAACUCAAGGCCUGAUGUAGUUGGCCGAAAAUGGGAAAAUAUGCAUUCUCGUGCCUGGAUGUGGUAUGCCUCCAACAUUGAGGAAGCAUGGAAAGUCGGGUCGCCCGCAAUUGUUCCAGGCAUUGGUAUUCUUUAUACCGCAAGCUACAUUGAACGGGGCAGAUACAAGGGCCUUAAAAGUGUCCCAAACACGUUACCGAUGGAUGAUGGGCUACCGGAAAUGUUCCUUGCGCCUCAAGGGAGGACCCCUAUCUCCGGGAGAACCUGGGGCUUCCGAUUAUCCUACAACUGCUCUAUUAUUGAAAAGCAGUCACAGUUCACCCUUCUCACUGAUCGGGGCGCUUCGGCGAAACAACAACCGAUACAACACCUAAGCUCGCCAAAGUAUUCUCAUAACGUGCAUGGCUACGUGGAGGUCGCAUCUCGAGAAGCUUUGUCAUAUGAAGCGCCGAGUAACUUUGAUCCGGAGGCUUCCUCACAGUGGGAUAUAAUUGAAUAUGUCCUAUGGCAGCUAAGGAUCCCACCUUCUUAUUCCAAGUCAGAGGUCAAGAAUUUCAAUAGCAAGCUCGAGCCUGUGAUUCAAGAUAUGGAAUCGCCGUUUGAAAGGUCAGUAAACGGAUCAUGGAACCUCAACAAUACCUACUUUGACCAGCCAGGGAAGAAGACGAAAUACUUCGACAAGGAGACAAAGAUGUCGAUAAAUCUCAUGGAGGCUCUUCCGUCCUUGUUGAAGCGAACCAUGGAGCUCGCGCCUCCUAUUGGACUGCGAUGCUUGGCAGUGUCAACAUUUGGAGAUGCCAAUCUCGACCCAAGGACUUCUACUUUCAGCUCCUUCGAAGAGCGCAUCCCUGAAACGUACCUUAAGUCCAGUGGCGAGCCUGAGGUACCUGUAUCAAGGCUGGGGGUCACAGUAGCAACGAUUCUAUCCAACAACUACAUAGACCUCUUUUCUUCUAUUAAUUCCCGUACUAUGUCAUCCUAUUCUAACUCCAUAGUCUAUGGAGGAUUUGUUACCCCCCAAGAACUACAGAAGUCUGCCAUGCUAGCAUACGGAACUGAGGCACUACAGCUGAUGUACGAUGGCAAGUACGGAUUCGAGGGGAGCUGGAUACACCCGAAUCUAUCAUCAUCUGUCGAGAGCAAGAUUAUAAUCAGAGGGGAGGUCCACGCCUUAUCUGCGGUCAUACCAUUCUGCAUUUGGGCACUAGGCUCGAUCCUCUUUGCUCUGUUCUUUGGCUUCAGAAGACGGCGAGGCGAGACCUUGGAUGGGUUCAGUUUCUACCGACUUGGCGCACAUCAUAGCUCUCAGCUUAAAGCAGAUGAUAAUUUCUUUACUGCGCAGGAACCCUACCAAGUUGGCACUCUAUGGAAGCUAGAAGGGGAAUCGUGGGCGUGGUAG